CAAACAAAGUGAAACAUGGCGAGCGGCGCGGAGCAGCGCAGCGGACCGACCCCGGGACCGAGCCCGGGACCGACCCUGGGGCCCGGACACGCUCUGCCCGGCUCUGUGGAGGCGCUGUUCCCCGCGGGCCCGGAGGAGCAGGAGCCCGGGGAGCUGGACCCGGAGCUGGCCCGGCUGUCGGAGCGGGUCCGCGGGUGGUUGUCGCAGUACGAGCCGCUGCUGCUGUGGCUCCAGCGGAUCUUGGUGUGGGAGAGGCCCGUGUACAGCGUGUCUGCGGCCGUCACGCUCAACACGCUCUUCUGGCUGUUGUCGUCCACGUCUCUGCGUCCUCUCUUCCUGCUCAGUGUGUCUCUGCUCGGGCUCACGCUGCUGGAGCGAUGGAAGCACAAACUGCCCCUGUGCCACGGGCAACAAAUGGAAGCUGAACCCAAACCUCAGGGCACCGUGGACCUGCAGCCUCGUCUUCUCUCCGUCCCUGAAUUGUCUCUUCACUUGGCCGACAGUUACCUGAGCUGCUGCUGGUACCUGCACGAGAUGCUCACCUACAAACAACACAACCACGGAAAGUUCUGCGCUCUGACGUGCAGUGGAUGUCUGGUUCUGGCUCUGGUCGGACACUACGUUCCUGGAGUCAUGAUCUCCUACAUCAUCGCUCUGAGCGUGCUGCUGUGGCCUCUGGUCGUGUAUCAUGAGCUGAUCCAGAGAAUGUACACGGGUCUGGAGCCCAUCCUCAUGAAACUGGACUACAGCAUGAAGGGAGAGACACAACUGCGCAAACACGACAAGAGGAAGGUGAAGAAGGAGCAGGAGGAGGGAGCAGAGCCCAGAGCCGAGACGGAGAGUGAGAGUGAAGAAGAAGAACUCUGCUGCUUCGCCCCCACGGUGGACGUGAAGACCACGGCUCUGGCCAUGGCCAUCACAGACUCGGAGCUCUCUGAUGAAGAGGCGUCCAUUUUGGAAAGUGGAGGUUUCUCUGUUUCCAGGGCGACGACGCCGCAGCUCACCGACGUGUCCGAGGACCUGGACCAGCAGAGCGUUCACUCAGACCCAGAGGAGUCCUACCUCAGAGACCUGCCCGACUUCCCCUCGGUCGAGGAGUUUCCCCUGGACCCACAGAGCCUCCUGUUCCCCCCGCACAGAGCCCCGGAGACGGCCCCGCCCACAGCCUCAGCCCCGCCCACAGCCUCGGCCCCACCCACAGCCUCGGCCCGCCCACAGCCCUCGGCCCCGCCCCCCUCUGACCCGGACUGUCCUGAGCCCGGAGCCUCGUCAGACGGAGAACCUCUGAGUCCAGCCUCCCUCCUCCUCCAACACCUCACCUCCCCCCUGCACUUCGUCAACACACACUUCAACGGACACAUGCAACAACAGAUACAGGUCCAGACUCAAGACCAGAGCCAGGACCAGAGCAGAGACCAGAGCCAGGACCAGACUGAGGACGAGGGCCGAGCGCAGUGUGAGGUCCAGGCGCGGGCGGUGAUGGAGCAGGCCCAGCGCUCUCUGGAGGCUCUGAGUGAGGAGAUCGUGUCCACAGCCAUCUCCACCGUGGUCCAGAACACUCUGUCCGCUCUGCUGCGCUCCGGCGACGACGGGGACGAACCGGGUCUGGACGAGUUCCUGCCUGAGACACUGGGACCUGGAGCGGAGGACGAGGAGGAAGAGCGGGAGGAGGACGAGGAGGAGCAGCAGCGGGCGGAGGACAGAGACGACAGAGACGACAGAGACGAGACCUUGGUCCCCGCGGAGGACGAGGACUUCGAGCUGUUGGACCAAAGUGAACUGGACCAGGCCGAUCUGGAGCUGGACUCAGACUCGAACCUGAGGCACUCGUAGCUCCACAGAUCCGACCCUCAUCAAUGUCACUGAAGAGUCCCGUCCACGUGUCGGUCCACAAGACGGUUUAGACCAGACUUAGACCCGAUCUGGAUCUGCUAUAGACCUGCUAUAGUGCUGGUUUAGACCUGGUUUAGACCUGGUUUAGACCUGGUUUAGACCUGGUUUAGACCUGGUUUAGUUCUGGUUUAGUCCUGGUUUAGGUCGGGUUUAGAAUUGAUUUAUACUUUGUUUAAACCUGUCUUAUGGUUGAGUCCUUAUUUGGACCUGGUUUAGCUCUGGUUUAGACCUGGUUUAGUCCUGAUUUAGUCCUGAUUUAGUCCUGGUUUAGUCUUGGUUUAGUCUUGUGUAGAGGUUGUGGGUUCUAUUGCUGGGCCAGCUGAAAAACUGGUUACUGUUCAUGCCAAAAAUUGCUCUAAACCGGGUCUAAACCGGGUCUAAACCGGGUCUAAACCGGGUCUAAACCGGGUCCAAACCAGGUCCAAACCCCCUGUGGUAGAUCCUGGACUUUGAGGCCAGUUAUUUAAAAUCUCAGUGUGGACUCGGCCUUUAAAAUACAAAUCCCGGUUUUAAUUUUCUACAUUUAUCUGAACAUUUUAACCUGUUUAAUUUUCUACACUUUCACUUUCACUUUCUGUCAUUUUGUGUAUUUUUCACUUGAUGCUUAAAUGGCUUCAUAAUUAAAACAAAAAUAUAUUUAUUCUACAAAAUUAUUCCUGUAAAUUAACCCCUUUUUUAUUUUGUCAAUUUUCAAAAAUAUUUAUUAUAUGUUAAGUUGUAAUUUUGUCAUUAAAUGGGUUAAAAUGUUCCGUAAUGUCACAUCACACUGUUUGUUUUUGUUUGUUUUUGUCGGUUUAUUUUUGUAGAUUUUCUUUUACUGUAAAGUGAAAUCCAGCCUGUUCGACCAAUCAGAGGGCUCCUGUGUGUGACGGGGGCGGGCUUUAGGGCGUGUUCCUCUCUCUGAUUGGUUCGUUUUACUCUGAUUGUAACAUAUGACACAGAAGAGCUUUUAUUUUGAAAUCAUGAAUGAAUAUUUGACUUUUUCAUGACGUUGCCUUUUUUUAUGUGACAUCUGAAUUUCUGACACAAAUUUAACUGUUAAUAUAUGACCAUAAAUUAUUUUAAUUUAAGUGAAAUGCAGAGAAUCAGGUGAACGUGGGCAGGAGUUCAACACGCCGCUGCUGCUGCUGCUCUUGUUUAUUUGAGAUUAUUUUACAGAUUUUGAGCAGCAGGUAAAAAAUUAGACUUUGGAAAAUUUACGUGAACCAUUUCUAGAUAAAACUGCAAAAUUCUCUUCAGAUUUCUUGCGUAGUUUUCACAAUUCUCUGGACUAAUCCAACUUGUACCUAAUUCCUUUUCACUACUGUAUUUGUCAUGCUGUUAUUUUGAAAAGUUCCUGUCUGCUUUUAUUUUGAAGUGUGUCCCUGUUUGUACUAAUCCUGUUCCUGUGAAUAGUGUAGAUAUUCUGUAUAAAUCUCCACGUGCAUGUGAACCGUCCCUUUUCCUCGCGCCAUCGCACAAACCUUCAACGUGCACAAAAGGAAAAGUGUGGGUCCGUUUAAACCGUUGUGUUCUGUCGCUCAAAAACUGCACUUAAAGGAUUCUAUUUUCUAAUUUGUCCUUUUCCAUAAAGUCUUCAGUUUGGUCUUUUGAACAGAAUAAAGCAGAAGAAACGCCGGGUUUGGAUGUUACACGUGACAUUUCAGCUGCACAUCCCAAAUAAAAGACAAACUGAAGAGAA